AUGCGACCAUCUCAACCCGAGCUCUUUGGCUCCCACAGAAGUGAGCGAGCAGAAGCACGGACUCUGCGGACCGCAGAUACUCCAUCCCUUCCAGCAAAUGCCAGUGUACGAGGAGUGCGCUCCGAAGAUUCCUGGAUUGAAAUUUCCUCGGGAGCCUCAUCGGCCUCUCUAUCAUCCACAAACAACGAUAUCAUCACUACCGGACUCCAAGUCCGUUCGCGGGACGAACGCCUCUCACGGCAACUCCGAGCCUCCUCCCAGAUAGUACGACCUCAGCAACGGUCGACAAGCGCAGCCGGAAGUAGCCAAGACGAAUAUGAAGAGAGUGAAAGCGAUAGUGAUCGAGUUUUGAGCAGCUCCAAUGAGGACAUCUAUCAGAAUGAGGUAGCCGACGAUGAUGAUACCUCCACGGCGCUAGGUGUUGGGAGUUUGGGAAAGGUCUUCACACCUCAACCGAAUGCUUUCUCUCACCCGCCUACCUCGACUAGUCACGGGCGACCAGUGCCAGACUCAUACUUCCCAGCAGUUCCUAGCGAUUCCCAUGCCGAUCAUACAACCACAGAGCGGAGUUACCAACGUCACAUGCAGUCACGGAAUCGCCCUGCUUCCUUAUCGUACCAGCCAGAUCAUGAUGCAGCCCUUCGUGCGUCUCUGACGACAUUGCUUUCCUGUGCUGCCGCUGUCCGACCCAAAGGCGCCGAAACCAGACCAUCCCCUCCUCGAGCAUCGACACAGCCAACCGCGCUACGGCUCGUUCCAGAAUCGGAGCUACAAAACCCGGUCCGGCAAAGGAGAAGUUCGUCCCCGAAACAGACCAAGCGGAAGUCUCGUGAGGCCAGUAAAGAUCGGCUCGCGAAGAAAGCCCGUGCCACGGGCAAGACAGCAACCGCGAAUGAAGAGUCAAUCAGCCCGACACUUGCUUCGUGGAUGAUUUCUGCUGGCGUGGUUUUGGUGUUCUCCGCCAUCAGCUUCAGUGCGGGAUAUGCUUGGGGUCGUGAAGUGGGCAGGAUUGAAGGAGAGAUGGGCCUCCCUGGUGGGAGCUGUGGUCAGGAAGCAAUGAAAUCCAGUGCAGGUGGACUGAGGAGGUUGAGGUGGAGCACUGCCACGAGCAGCAUUCGCACCUGA